AUGAAUUAUCCUAAGGAAGAUGAAGAAACAUUCAACAAGUAUGAAUAUUCGGAGGGAAAUGAUUUAGCAAAUUUAUUUAAAUACAUUGCAUUUGAAUUGAGUUCUGUUCAAUUUGAAGAUUUUAAUGCAUCAAGUUAUGUAUUUGAAGAUUUGGCAACAAUUUUAUUAAGAGAUUAUUUAGAUGAAAGUUCAUUGAAAAAAUGUCCUCCACUGAUCAAGUUUAAAUCUCAAGUUCCUUAUUGGAUUUUCUACACAAUUUUUAUUAGUUAUAAAGUAGGGCCAUGUGUAUUAUCAGUAGAGAAGAGAUUCUUGACUUUAUUAAUAUUUUUAAGUCAUUUUGAUGAAAAGUAUUGGAAACAUUCAUCUUUGGAAUGUCCUAUUUGGGGAGAGAAGGAGUGUGAAUUAUUUAAAGGAUUUUGUUCUGACGCAUUUAUUACAAACAAUGAAAUGCAUGAUCGUACAAUUAUAUUUGAUAGUUAUGAACUCUUUAGAUUAUUAUAUAAGAGGGCUAGUAUUGAAGAUAGAUUCGUAAUGUUAUUCUUGAUAGGUUUUAUGGGAUCUUCAGCUAAACAUUUUACUUUAGAAUUAGAUAGACUUGUAAAUAUGGAAAAAUGUGAAUUAAGAACUCAAGAAUUCAAAAAAUUAUUUACCAUUGCAAAUUUAAGAGGAUCAAAUGAAGGAAUUAAUAUUAUAGAUCUUGAAUAUAUUAUUAGUGAUGAAUAUGAAACAUUAGAAGUUAGAGAAAUGGCAUUAAAUCAUAUGAAAAGAUAUCAUCUUCAAUUAGAAGAAUUGGUCUUCCUUCUAAAUCUAAUAUGUAAGAAUGCGCCAAGAUCUAUUCAGAAAAUUGCAUUUGCACUUGGUCAAAAUAGUGAUUUACUGGCUGAAGUAAACAGAGUAGUAGUAAGUUAUGACGACGAGGGUGACUCUCUGUUUAGUUUAGUAUUGCAAGUUGGUAACUGUUUUGCGAUUGAAGAUAAGACUGAUGCAAUAUCUCUAGUGAGUUACGUUCAUCUUCAUUUGGAAUCUUUAUACCUCUUUUCAAAAGAUUUCAGUAGAAUAUUGUUUCGUAUUUUAGAUUUUGUUCAUGAAUUUAACAAUGAUGAACUUGAAUCAAUUUCAAUGACAUUGUCUAACUUGACAUCAAACUCAUUUAGUGCUUCAAAAUUUACCCCUAAACUUAUGGAACAACUUGAAAAGAUGGAACCAAUAUAUUGGGGAGGUUUCGGUUCUUGGUUAUUUGAUGAAUAUCAAUAUUUAUGUGAAAAAGAAAAACCAAAAUAUAUUGAUAUCAAGAAAAAGUAUUUAAACUUCUUUCAUCUAUAUCUCAAAUCAACGGACAAUUAUACAAGUUCACCAAUCAUAUCAAAAAUUAUAUUACAUGGAAUUUAUUAUGAUAUUGAAAGAAUUGAUCCAAAUUUACAAAAUUAUGAAUACUUUUUCAAUUAUGCAAAUAAUAAUAUUUCACAAAAGAAUGCAAAAAUUUUAAUUGCCCUAGUUGCUGAAUAUAUACGUAUGGGUUACAAUAUUCCUAAUUUGGAUAAAUUAUUAACAAAUAUUCAAGAAUAUAUGAAAUUUGUAUCAAUAGAAAAGAGAUCUUAUUUACUUGGACUUGUUAGUUUAUUAGAUUUUGAAAAAUCUUUAGAGUUCACGAAUUUGUUACCAUAUAUUCCUGUAAUCAGCUUUAAAAAACCAUAUCAUAGCAUUAUUCAAUAUGGAUUAUUAAAUCUUAUUGAGCAUAUAUUAGAUGAUCCAAAUGCUCCUAAAAUACGAAUUAGCAUUUAUAAUUCUACUAUUAUUGAAAAUCAUUAUUUAAGAACAAUUUACAAGAGAAUUUGUGAAAAAAAUGACGUAUAA